CAUAAGUACUAGUUCAUAUCUUGUGGGUUUUAUUAGUUGUAUUGUAGUGCGGAAAAUGAUAACUCGAAAAUUUGAAAUUUUGCUCAGCAGAAAUGAGGACCUUUCUAAGUUUGACGCUGCUUUCGGUUAUUGGUGUGAGUGGAGUUCUACCUGUCGAUCUACCAAUGGUAGAUCCUGAACUGAAUACCCUCUUGAGAGUGUCGCAACGCAAUGGUGUUAGGGAUUCAGAUCGACGUUGGCCCAAUGCUAUUGUCUACUAUAAAUAUUGGAAAGGAUUUGGGAAUGAUCAAAAGACUUUAAUAAAAGGUGCGAUGAAGUCCGUGGAAGACGUUUCAUGCGUUCGUUUUUUGGAAGCGGGCGUUGACCAACCGUAUUUUGUCAAUAUAACCAGCAUUGAUGUCGGUUGUAAUGGAACUAUAGGCUUUCAGAAAGGCAUUACAUCAUUAAAUCUACCGGGUGCAGUAAGUUCAUACUGCUGUACUCUUGGAAAAAUUCUACAUGAAUUGUAUCAUGUGCUCGGCUUUCAUAAUAUGAACCAAAAUUACAAUCGGAACGAUUAUGUACGUAUAAUUUACGAAAAUAUUACUCCAGGCCGCGAGCAUCUUUUUACAAAAUUCAGUAAGGAUUUAGUUAAUGAUUUUGGUUUAGAAUACGAUUACGGUAGUAUUAUGCAUUCUCCGGCGAAUAUGUUUAGAGGACUAUAAAUCUUGCGCAAAACCUUUCUCUCGAAAACCCCAAGUGUCGUCUCAUCGGAUAUUGUCAUCGUCCAUGCUUCAGCGCCAUACAUCAGGACGGGAAUAAUGAGCGACUUAUAGAGUUUGUUGUUUGUUCGCUGACUAUUUGUUUGAUGACAGGAGAUAUUUCGUCUUGUCCUCAUUCACCAUCAGACCCAUACGCUUCGCUUCUUUAUCUAGUGUGGAAAACGCAGAACAGCGCGGUUGUUGCUUCCGAUGAUAUCAAUAUCAUCGGCAUACGCCAGGAGCUGUACACUCUUGUAGAAGAUUGUACCCUCUCUAUUUAGUUCUGCAGCUCGUAUUAUUUUUUCCAGCAAUAGAUUGAAGAAGUCGCACGAUAGUGAGUCACCCUGUCUGAAGCCUCGUUUGGUAUCGAACGGCUCGGAGAGGUCCUUCCCGAUCCUGACGGAGCUUUUGGUGUUGCUCAACGUCAGCUUACAUAGCCGUAUUAGUUUUGCAGGGAUACCAAAUUCAGACAUCGCGGCAUAAAGGCAGCUCCUUUUCGUGCUAUCGAAGGCAGCUUUAAAAUCGAUAAAAAGAUGGUGAGUAUCGAUUCUUCUCUCUCGGGCCUUUUCCAAAAUUUGGCGCAUGGUGAAUAUCUGGUCCAUUGUAGAUUUUCCAGGUCUAAAGCCACACUGAUAAGGUCCAAUCAGUUCGUUGACGGUGGGCUUUAGUCUUUCACACAUUACGCUCGAUAAAACCUUAUAUGCGAUAUUGAGGAGACUUAUACCACGGUAGUUAGCGCAGAUUGUGGGGUCUCCCUUCUUAUGGAUUGGGCAGAGCACACUAAGAUUCCAAUCGUCAGGCAUGCUUCCUUUCAACCAUAUUCUACAAAGAAGCUGAUGCAUGCACCUUAUCAGUUCUUCGCCGCCGUAUUUGAAUAGCUCGGCCGGUAAUCCAUCGGCCCCCGCCGCUUUGUUGUUCUUCAAGCGGGUAAUUGCUAUUCGAAUUUCUGGGUCGGGUAAUGGAACAUCUAUUCCAUCGUCAUCGAUUGGGGAAUCGGGUUCGCCAUCUCCUGGUGUUGUAUUUUCACUGCCAUUGAGCAGGUCGGAGAAGUGUUCCCUCCAUAACCCCAGUAUGCUCUGGACAUCCGUUACCAGAUUACCUCCUCGGUCCCUACAUGAUAAUGCUCCGGUCUUGAAACCUUCUGUAAAUCGCCUCAUCUUUUCAUAAAAUUUUCGAGCAUUACCCAUGUCGGCCAGCUUUUCAAGCUUUACAUACUCACGCAUUUCGGUCUCUUUCUUUUUACGUCUGCAAAUGCGUCUCGCUUCCCUCUUCAGUUUUCGAUAUCUAUCCCACCCCGAACGUGUUGUGGUCGAUCGCAACGUUGCGAGAUAGGCAGUCUGUUUUCUCUCCACUGCGGAACGACAAUUCUCAUCGUACCAACUGAUUUUUUGGUGUUGCCGGAGACCAAUUGUUUCGGCUGCAGCGGUAUGCAAUGAGUUUGAGAUGCCGUUCCACAGCUCCCUUAUAUCGAGAUGCUGAUGAGUGCUCUCAGAGAGCAGGAGUGCAAGUCGAGUAGAAAAUCGUUCGGCUGUCGGUUGUGAUUGCAGCUUUUCGACGUCGAACCUUACUUGUGUUUGUUGACGGGCGUUCUUUGCUGCUACUAGAUAAUGGUCCGAGUCAAUGUUUGGUCCUCGGAGCGUACGCACGUCUAAAACACUGGAGACAUGUCUUCCGUCUAUCACAACGUGAUCGAUUUGAUUGCGCGUGUUUCGAUCAGGGGACAGCCACGUUGCUUGAUGAAUUUUUUUAUGCUGGAAUCUGGUACUACAAACAACCAUAUUUCGGGCCCCAGCGAAGUCGAUCAGCCUCAGGCCGUUUGGCGAUGUUUCGUCAUGGAGGCUGAAUUUUCCGACAGUUGUGCCAAAGACACCUUCUUUACCCACCCUGGCGUUAAAAUCGCCAAGCACGAUUUUGACAUCGUGGCGGGGGCAGCGCUCAUAGGUGCGUUCUAGGCGCUCAUAGAAAGCAUCUUUGGUCACAUCGUCCUUCUCUUCCGUUGGGGCGUGGGCGCAAAUCAGCGAUAUGUUGAAGAACCUCGCUUUGAUGCGGAUUGUGGCAAGACGUUCAUCCACCGGGGUGAAUGUCAGGACUCGGCGUCGUAGUCUCUCUCCCACCACAAAUCCAACACCAAAUUUGCGCCCUUUUAUAUGGCCGCUGUAGUAGAUGUCACAAGGACCCACCUUCUUCCGUCCUUGUCCCGUCCAUCGCAUUUCUUGGAUUGCGGUUAUGUCAGCCUUUACUCUUACGAGGACAUCAACCAGCUGGGCAGAGGCACCUUCCUAAUUAAGGGUCCUGACAUUCCAGGUGCAUGCCCUAAUAUCAUUAUCCUUAAAACGUUUGCAGGGGGCGUCUCAUCCGAGGCUUUAUUUUUCGAUUUUUCAUUGGUACUCCGUUUUUAUGUGGUGGGUCCCAAGCCCUACGCACAACCGCAGAAGCGGGUUCUCCUUCUCACUUUAGCUCGCCUUCAAACGGAUGUUUGUUAGCUACCCAGAGGAUACUUGGUCUAAAACCGGAAGUCGUGAGCUGCUUGAAUCAUGUGGAGAAGAAUCGUUUCUGGACACUCCCAAGUGAAUGACAAUCAAAAACUUUCCUUACUUACGUGAACUUCUACAUAUGACCCCAUCCCUAUUGCAAAAAAUACCGAAAGGUUUAAUGGGCCAGCGUAAGACUUUAAGCCAGUCCGAUAUAAUCAAGUUGAAUCGAAUGUAUGAAUGUACAAUUUGCGAGGACUAAAAAGAUACGAUUGGAAGGUUGGCGGGUGAAUCUUAUGUAUAUAUGUAGAGCUCUUUUGAAUUUAAAAACUUUUAUUUAUUUAUAAUAUCAGUUUUAUUUAAAUAUAUAAUAUUGUAAUUAUGUUUCACAAAAUCUUCUUAAAUGUAGUUUUAUUUAAUUAUAUAAAAUUCACAAAU